AUGGAGGCUACGCACAGUCUGAUUGGAAGCCUCAUGUCUCUGAAGGAAGAAGUCAGCAGAGCUAAAUCCAGACUUGCAAAAAUGGGAACGAUUCAUGGUGCUAAUGAGAACAUCUUACAUCAGGUAGACACAAAAAGUACACCAGGCAGUCUCAACACGGAAUCGAACAAUAAUAUUGAAUCGAAUAAUAAUAAUCCUUCAUCAAAACUCGAAAAUAGUGAAACAGAAUUACAAAAGAGUCACAAGAAUAUUGCAGGCAUGAAGGAUGAAUAUACACAGAAUUUUGAAACAGCAACUGGAUGUGAGGAUUCCACUCGCAGCACUAUCCAGACAACCAGGGAGGUUUCAUGGGAGUUGCAUUCUGAAUGCUUGAAGUGUUGCAGCCAUACUGGACCUGUGGCUUCAGAAGGUCCUGAAACCACACUAGUCCAUCUUACGGAGGAGAAGGAGAUCAAGGGAGGACCUUGUGCAAGGAGAGAGGUAAAGCAUGCCUCCAUUCAAAAUGAAAAAGAAGGAAUCCACAAAAUGAAACCAGAUGAGAAACUAGUUCCUGCCCCAACCUCAGAGAGUGAUGAGUUUGAGACAGAUGGCUGUCAAACUGAAAGGGAAGUUGUGGAAGUCACAGCUACAUCAAUGCAAUUGCUAGAGAAUUCAUCAGAAGAUUCAACCACAGAACAGGACUCUGCAGGCAAACUGGCCAUGACAUUUUUGGAAGCUGCUGAUAAUCUGAUUGGUGGGCUGAUCCCUAGUAAAGAGGAUACAGGUCUGUCGGCGGUAAGGAGAGUGGUUGUCAUAGUGACAGACAGAGCUGUGGUAGACGGCGAUGUCUUGCUAAGCCAGGGUGAAGAGCUGUCUGAAGAAAGUGCAACACUUAGCAUCAUGGAGGAUUCAUCAGGCUCAGCCGAAGAUUCUAUGGUCCCUUCUCUGUCCAGGGAGAAUGGCAUGAGAGUUGACACCUACCAAGAUCUGACAAGCAGUAAUCAGAGCAACAUGUGGAACUUGCAUGCAGCCUGUGUGCUCAGUGAAAAUCAUUCACGUGUCUGGGAUGGUAGGGUACAUGAGCAAUCGGGAACAAGAGCGACAGAAGAUGGAAAUCAGCCUCAAGUGAUAGACUUUGAAGGAGGUAAGGAUCAGUCCUGUGGCUCAGGGGGCUGUGAGAGGACAUUAGAAUCAUCAUUCGGAAGCCCUUGGUGCAAAGAAAGUGUAGACAACACAAGAGGGAGUUCUCUCACAAAAUUUACUGGGAGAGAAGUAUCAACUUUGUUAGAAGAAGAGACCAAGGAGAUGGGUUAUGAGAAACAUAGCAAAGGAAUAAAUAUGAAGGGGGACAUCUGCUUGCAUAGAGAAGAAAUAUUUGAAAGGAGAGUUAAAAGAAGAGUCAUGGUGACACAAAGAGAGGCAAGAAUUGGACAAAAUGAUGUCUAUGUGCCCAGGAUAAAUGGAAAUGUACAGAAAGUACUUGAUGCAAAUUAUGAGAAUGUUGAAAUCAUACAAGAAGGGGAGAAGGACAAAAAAAUUGAACCUGUAUCUGAAGAGAUAAAUGUAGUAACGUGCAACAUGAUGACAAGUGAUAGAGGAGACCCUCUGACACAGGUAGAAGGGGAGGAAGAUGAUGGAGACUUGAUGGUUCAGAGGAAAAGAGAAGACAAAGAGGAAGAAUGCCAAAAAAUAUCUAGAGGGGAUGAAGAUAGGGAGGUUGAGGGUGUCUCUUCGGUAGACGUCAUGCAGCUUGCAAGAGAAAACCAUAGUUCUCAAAAGCACAUAGAUCAAAAUAAUUGUAAAAGACUUGAGAAAGAACCAAAAGUAGACCAAACAGUAGGAGCAGUAGAAAGGAAUGAACAGAAAGAUGUCUGCGAGCAGUUUCUGCCUCAUGGAUCUCAAGACGCAGUGGUGAUGAAUGUCUACCUUGCUACACAGAAUUUUGUUGGUAAUUUGCACCCUAUGAUGGCUAGGAUAGGGCCCAGUACCAAAACAGGGAAACUGGUGAACUAUGGAAGCAUCAGCCAGGUAUUAGCAAUGGAAUCCACCAAUAAGUCUUCUACAGGAGAAAACACCUUGCCUUGUGACUCUGUGGGCCACAAAGACGUAAAGGAAUUAACAGGGAAUGAACACGUUUGGUGUGAUAUAGAUAAGCCUCCAUUUAGUGAGGAAAAAGUUUCAAUAAGAGGUAAAGAUGAACAGCUUACUGCAAUUAACAAAGAACUUGAGCCAGCUGGGAUCAUGAUAAGCAAUGAGCAUGUACUUCAAGAGGUUCCAAACAUGCAGCUGACAGAGCAGAGGAAUACGUCUGGAAGGAAAGACAGCGGAGAGCAGCCUGCAAUAAAAGAUGGCAUUUUGGAGAUUGGACUUGGAAACAAAAUAAAGCACAGUACAAUUGGGAGGAUUGAGCCUGAGCCUGGAGACAAAAAAGAGGGCCAGGCAUUUAUAGAGGAAGAUAAUGAAUCUAGAACAGAGGGCACAGAAGAACAGCACGUUAUUGAAAAGGGUAUGAGUGAGUUUGGUACUGAAAAUAUAGGAAAGUGCUCUGCAGUCAAAAAAGAGAGGACUGAGGUUGAACUAGAGGACAAGAGAUCCUGGCCUGUACCCAGUGAGGAUAUUACUGAGCCUAGAACAGAUCACAAUGUAAUAGUGCCCACAAUUAUACAGGAGAUACCUGGGCAUACAAAGGAAAACAAAAUAGAGCAGGAUGUGUUCAAAGAAGAAGAAUGUUUACAUGUUAUGAAAAGAGAGCAGGCUGCAUAUGGUGAAGUGGAUGUACAGCCUGCAUUUAGUGAAGUGGAUGUACAGCCUGUAGGUAGUGAAGAGCAUUCACUCUGUUUUGAAUAUAAUGUACACCCUGCAAGUGGUGAGAAGCACACUCAUCCUACUGAAGGUGAAAAUAAUAUUUACAAUGCAGUAGAUGAAGAUAUUCACCUUGUAGGUGUUGAGAACAUUCUUCAUAUUAAAAAUGUUGAGAAGGAUGUUCAAAUAGCAGAUGGUGAGUAUGAUGAGCACCUUCUGGGCGGUCAGCAGCAAGCUUUGAUUGGUGGAAAUACAAAGCCUACAGAGAAAGAUGAAGAUAUCCUGGUUAGAAGUCCUUCAGCAGGGAAAGAGCUCAUUAGGAUGAGCAGGCAUCAGACUUAUAGUGAAAACGGUUCUAUCAUUGAGUUGACUUCCACAGUCCUUAAAGCCACAGAUAACAUCAUUGAAGAGCUGCUAUCUCUUAGAGAUGAGAUAGGUAGAGAAUCAAGAAAGCCACUGGCACAUGAAAGCCUCAGUCUUGUCAGAGAGUUAUCAUCAGGGGCAGAAAUGCAGGUGACUGAAGGAUCUUACGGUGACUCAAAUAAUAAAGAUGGAGGGCUACUCCACGCAGAACAAAUAAAAAUUAUGAUUGAGCAAAUAAAACUUAUAGAAGACCUAUUCACACAAAUACAGGACAGAUUAGAGGUAGAUCAACUAAAGGACAAUAGAGAUUGCUUGGAGAAAGGAAAAUCACUGUCAGUUGGAGAAGAUGAUAUACACAAAGAAACAUCAUCUGAAAAAUGUUUUGGGGAUCCAUUCUAUGACUUGACUUUAACAUUCCUGGAAACUACAACCGAUCUAAUUGGAGGAUUUACCUCCUUGAAGGAGGAAAUUGGAAGGUUAUCAAUGUCCAGGAUGGCCACUGGAGACAUAGAACCAUUGAAGGAUAGCUUGGAAUACACAGAACUUAAAGGAGAGGCAAGGAGCACAAGUACUGUGAGUCAAUCCUAG